GGCGCGUUUACGAGUGUUGUGCCAAUUUGCCCUUGAGGUUCGAAGAACAAAUACAUGGGUUUAGCAAGCACGGAAUUUAGAGCACAGUGCAUUUCCAUCAUAGAGACUUUCAGAAAAAAAGCCGUUUUCUUUGCGCUGUCCUCAUUUUGAUCUUAUAGAUGCCCCAAGAGUUUCGUUUGCGAGAACUGAAAGGAUUUCCAGUCACUAGAGCCUCACCUCCGUACAGCGUGACGUUCCUUGGGACCGAUUUAAAAAAAGAUAUAUUUUCUAUUUUGAGCAGCUUGCUAAAGGACACAUAUAGCGACUUUCUAAUAUUGCAAUCUUCUCAAAGACCAGAUAUUUCAGUUGAUAAAUCUGCACAAAGUAGGGUUGUUGCAAGACUUAAUGUAUUGGUUCUUAUAUCCAAGCGUGUGUUUCAGGCAGUAUGUAAACACCCCAUGUUAAGAGCUGUGCUUCUCCGGGCUAUAUAUCACAUUUUGCGUUUACCUAUUUGGCAUUACAAUCGGUCACUGCGAUGUGCAGCCUUGCGCUGUCUACGAUAUUAUGUGCAUAGUUCCUUCGAUUUUCAGCUACUUCUAGAAUGUCGUCUGGACCUUUUAAUCGCUCGGUGUAUGGAUCUGUCUUACCACCAAACAAAUUUUGUUGCAUCCAGUGAAUUGACUGGGAAUUACACCCGAAGAGGAACAGAUUAUAAUCCUCGAGCUAAAUUCGUUGCCCCAUUGAAUAGUCCUAUCAGUUCGACAUCUUCAUCUCGUCAGUUUACUGAAGAAUCAUCUAGUUGUCUAAUAACUGACGGCAGUCAACAUCAGACUAGUGGAGGCAAUAGUGGUGUAUUAUUCAGAAAAGGGCCAAAUUUUACUCGUUUCUCUCGACCACCUUUGUUUGAUCCUACUCACCCAAUGAAAUCGUUAUUGGCAACUCGAAGUGCUGGAUCUUAUGUGUCUACUAUUAGUGAGCGUCAAAUUGUACUGCGUUUAAUUCAUCACCUUACUCGACUUACACCUCAUCUAAUUCCUCCAAGUUUAAUUAAUGCUGUUGUUGCACCUUGUUUGGAAGUUCAUCGUCAUUCAAUCACGGGUUUAAAUAAAACUGGUCAAAGGGGAGCUAUUGUAGGUCCAACAGCCGGCCCACAUCGCACAUCUAUUCACUCUCGUCGUGUUGGGGAUUUUCCAGAAAUUAACGUGAAGUUCGCUGAUUUUGAUGAAAUGGAACUGGAUACAACUAUUCGGAGUUGCUUACUGAUCCUCUGUGAACUAGGUAUGUAUCAGAUUUUAUCGUUAACAAUUGUUUAUCAGAAUCGCAUGUACUUUUAGCUUCUGGGUUGGUUUUCAUCAUGGUUUGACAACAUUUGGGAAAACAUUGGAACCCUGAGAGCACUGGACAAGUGUUUCGUCCUAGUAUGGGACUCAGCAACCUCGCCUGGUUAACUAGUUU